CGCGACGGCAGCCGGAGGCAGCGGCUGCCUGGCAGGGCAGAGGCGGGGGGAAGAUGGCGGUAGUAGUCGCAGCGGCCGCCUGGCUGUGGAGCGGGUUCUGGAGCGAGCGCUUCUGGUUUCCGGCCAACGUGACCUGGACCGAUUUGGAGCGAGACGGUCCCGACGGCGAGAGCGGAUACCGCUCUAGCCACGUUCUGGCCGCCUUCCCUCUGGCGGCCGGCAUCUUGGUCGUGCGGCACCUCUUCGAGAGAUGUAUUGCAAAACCCUGUGCUGUGUGUCUUGACAUUCAAGAUGGUGGACCUUGCAGAGCUCAGCCCAAUGCAAUUCUAGAAAAAGUGUUUACAACUAUUACUAAGUGUCCGGAUGCAAGAAGGUUAGAGGGAUUGUCAAAACAACUAGAUUGGGAUGUCCGAAAAAUCCAGCGCUGGUUUCGCCAUCGGAGGAACCAGGAUAAACCAAGCACCGUCAUGAAGUUCUGUGAGAGCAUGUGGAGGCUUAUAUUUUAUUUAUGUAUAUUUUCCUAUGGAUUCAGAUUUCUUUGGUCGUCACCCUGGUUUUGGGAUACACGACAAUGCUGGUACAACUAUCCUUUUCAGUCCAUAACACCUGGUCUUUACUACUAUUAUAUCACACAGCUUGCCUUUUACUGGGCUCUUAUGUUUUCGCAGUUUACAGAUAUAAAGCGAAAGGACUUCCAGAUUAUGUUAAUCCAUCAUUUCGCUACAAUAGUACUCAUUACCUUCUCUUACAUGAACAAAAUGGUGCGUGUAGGAACCUUGAUCAUGCUUCUCCAUGAUGCAUCAGAUCCUUUACUAGAAGUGGCAAAAAUGGCCAACUAUGCCAAAUAUCAACGACUGUGUGAUGCCACCUUCAUACUGUUUUGUGUGGUGUUUAUUGUUAUCCGUUUGGGGAUUUUUCCUGUCUGGAUACUGAAUACAACCCUCUUUGAAAGCUGGGAACUAAUUGGCCCUUAUCCAUCAUGGUGGCUGUUCAAUGGUCUUCUUUUAACAUUACAGUUGCUAAAUAUUAUUUGGUCCUGUUACAUCAUCCGUGUUGCCUAUAAGGCCUUGGCACGAGGAAAGGUAGCAAAAGAUGAGCGCAGUGAUGUGGAAAGUAGCUCUGAAGAGGAAGAUGUGACUUCAAACAAUAGAAAAGGAAUUCUUAGCUCUUCAAGCAGUGAUGCCAAUCGAAUUAAUGGUCAUGUAACUAGUGAGCAGUGGGCAGAAGAGGAGUAAGAAUCGGGAGCAGGGCAGUCUUCAGCAAAUACAGACUUGUAUUCAAGUGUUUAGAUUUGUCCACUCCUCAGUCCCAAGAAACCUUUAAUCGAACUGCCCCUUUGGCCCCAAAUUCUCCAGCAAAUCUGAAACUGGCAGAGUGCAAUUUUGUACAGAAGGGAUCAAGCUUACUAGUGCAAAUGCUGUUUCCAGUUUCACCCUUAAAGAUAAGCAUUUUGUAUUUCAUAGAGUGUUUGACUGAAUCUGCGUGCGUGCGUGUGUGUGUGUGUGUGUGUGUGGGCGGGCAGGCGGGCGGGCGGGCGGGGGUGGGUCAUGGUUUGUUGUAUUUUAAUUGGUUGAAGCUUAAGAGGAAGCACAUUUGGGCUGAGGCCCUGGUUUCAAACAGGUUCUAACUGCUCUCUGGGAUUUUUGGACAACAUGGUCUUGUCUGCUUUGAGAGAUUCCAUGCUCUUCUCAGAAAGGUCCAAAAUGAUGUCCUGGGCUGUGCCAUGAGUGAUGUAGCAACCUGGUGGUUGUUACCGAAAUGUUCUGACUGAAGGAUGUGUUUAUUAGCACAUGGCAUUGCAAUAGUAAAUAAAAUUUUAUGCCUUUUUUUUUUAGGGGGGGAUCAGAGUGAGAAACAAAGCUGGCAUUCAUUUCUUUUUGUUUUUUGUUUUUUUAAGUGGAGUAGCAUCUCCAGAGUCGUCAUUGUGAUCCUAAAACCAUCCACUUUUCUUACAAAUUCUAUGGAUUGAAGUUAUAUAGGAAUUACAGAAAGAGGUGGAUAGAUUUGUGAACUAAGAUGACAGACAUGGAUGAUCCAAUAGAGGCAAGUUGACAACUCUGUAUUUUCAGAAAGAAGCAAGAGUGCUGCAUCUGAUUUAGAGUCUCGUGGUGCGAUACCCCUGGGAUGGAGAGGUUUCUGCACGUACUUUCUGGUUCUCUCCUCCUCCCCUUUUUACUCAAUGGUACUUCAGGGUAGAUGGAAGACAGCCAAGUGUUGUCAUGACCAGGACUUUGAAAAUUCCCUGAAUUAUUAUCAUUUUAUACUAUUGUUUACUCUGUGAUUAAAAACACUGCUUGAAGAAUA